UGUAUACACUUGGUGUAUACAUUUCUAUAUAUUAAUAUAACGCAAAAUUUAAAAUAAAAAGGGAACAAAAAAGAAGGAAAGGACUAAUUGCACAAUAAUAGAAACCUGUAAAAUCGAAAAUGUCAGAAGAAAAAGCUGAAAGUCCAAUCGAUAAAGUAGAUGGAACACAACUUGAAUCUAUUGAAGACAAGAUAAAAGUAAAGCAUGACGAUAAAAAUAAACAGAAACAUAAACUGGAAGAAAAUACAGAGAAAUCUAAUAGUCGAACAAAUAAUAAUGAAACUGGAAAUUGUUACUGUGGUAAGGAAAGAAAUCUUAAUAUCAUAGAAUUAUUAUGCGCUAGUUGUUCAAGAUGGUUUCAUGAAUCUUGUAUUGGAUAUCAAUUGGGUAAAUUAGUACCCUUCAUGAUGAAUUAUAUAUUCAUGUGCAAAAAUUGUUCUCCAACUGGCUUGGAAAGCUUCAAAAAAAAUCAAGCACCAUUCCCACAGAUGUGUGUAACAGCAAUAGCAAAUUUGCUACAAAUGUCUGAAAAAGAAAACGAACACAGAACAUUUUUUCAUAAAGAUAAAGACAUUAUUCCUUUCAUAGAGUGUCAUUGGGAUAGUAUGACUACAAUGCCACGUAGAGUAACUCAAUCAUGGCAUGCUACAAUACAUAGAGCAUUGCUAAAAGAUGUUGGAACGUUAUUUACUAUUAUUGAUGAUAACAAUUCUGAUGGCACAUUGUUUGGACUUAUAUGUUCUGAUCUUCAAAUGAUUAAACCAAAUUAUGAAGCAAUGAUUAAAGGUGGUCAUUUAAAGGUGACUGAAAUGGGUGUUCAACAUGUUGUACCACUUAGUGGAGGUCUUCGUGGUCGCAAUGCAAAACGUAAGUUUCCUGGAGAAGGAACAGGUACAGGACCUGGAAAAAAAGGUAGGGGUUCAGAUAUGGCAGCUCCUAAAUUACCUGCUCAUGGAUAUCCCCUGGAACAUCCUUUUAACAAAGAUGGUUACCGAUAUAUUCUUGCUGAACCUGAUCCACAUGCACCUUUUAGACAGGAAUUUGAUGAAAGUAGUGAUUGGGCUGGAAAACCUAUUCCUGGUUGGCUGUAUAGGGCUUUAAGUCCAAGUACGAUUUUACUUGCUUUGCAUGAUCGUGCACCACAACUUAGAGUUUCUGAAGACAGGUUGGCAGUCACAGGAGAAAAAGGCUAUUGCAUGGUCAGAGCUACUCACAAUGUAAGUAGAGGAACAUGGUAUUGGGAAGCAACUAUUGAAGAAAUGCCAGAAGGAUCAGCUACAAGGUUAGGAUGGGGUCAAGAGUAUGCAAAUUUACAGGCUCCCUUAGGUUAUGACAAAUUUGGUUAUUCUUGGAGAUCUAGAAAAGGUACACGAUUUCAUGAAAGUAGAGGUAAACACUAUAGCAAUGGUUAUGGAGAAGGUGAUACUUUAGGAUUUCUAAUAAUUUUACCUGACACACAUGAUGCUUCACAUUUACCGAAUACUUAUAAGGAUCGACCCUUAGUAAAAUUUAAAAGUCAUCUUUACUAUGAAGAGAAAGAUCAAGUACCUGAAGCACUAAAGGCUCUUAAACCAUUACAAGGAAGUAAAAUCGUAUUUUACAAGAAUGGAAUAAAUCAAGGUGAAGCAUUUGUUGAUAUUAACAAAGGAGCUUACUAUCCUACAGUUUCUAUUCAUAAAAGUGCUACAGUUUCUGUAAGUACUUUACAGAUGCAGGAUAGAGCAGAAGAAACAAUAGCAGAACAAUCUAUGGCUGAUAUACUUUAUUUUACUGAAAAUGAGGGAAAACUAAGACUGGACACUUUUGCUUUAUGA